AUGCCUUCAUCACAGUUGCCUUCUUACUGGGAGCAAGCCGACUUCGAGGCUUCACCAGACGACCAAGCUCAGGAAUCCCUCCCAGUAUAUUCUGAAAGCACAACUGGCACAGCGUCGUCAGUUCCAUCUGAUCAAUCGUCACGAUUGAUGCGAUCGAAGAUCAAAUCAGCCAUUUGGUCAUAUAUAAAAGGUGACAUAUACAAGCACCAUCCAGCACUUGUACAAGAGAGAUACAUCAAUGCGACGAUGGAGGCUCGAAGAGCGAAUGAUAAACGCCACGAUGCAGACUCGAAGAGCGCAUGA